UUAAAUAAUAUUAGACCAGAUUUAGUCAUUUUACAUAAAUUUUAGAUAAAUUUGGAGUCCUUCAGCUGCAGUCAGAAUCGUUACAGAAGUUCUUCCUGCUCACCACAGCAAACAUUUACUUCAUAAUUAAUGACGUAAAUCCUCAGAUUAAACAGCGUUUGAACGGCAGGACGUCCAGACUUGGUUCUCCACACAGUUUCUGAGGUUGUUGCGUAGCUUCUUGCAGACGUCUGGACUUUCUGGCAGCAGCUGGUAGAUUUUGGCUCCUCAGCAGCUGAACAGUGAUGAAACAAACCUCUGAGGAUUUUAUUUUCUCUGUUUUUAUGUGAAGCGAUUAAACGCCUGUCAGACACUCUGAUAACAUAUCUGUCUCUCUGUUCUCUCCAACAUCUCCAUGAUUCUGUGGAACCAGCAGCUCUGAAGCCAGCCGGCAGCGAAGGUGAGUUGUGUCACGCCGACAGUCUGGGUUCAGCAGGCAGCAGCAGCACUUUGGCUUCAUCCGUCAUUGAGGUGGAAACCGAACGAGAUGAACCGAUGCCACAGCUGAGGAUCAGCCGAGAGGAAGAGGAAGAGGAGGAAGAGGAGUUGACGCCCCUCAGCCCUCCUCCCACUCUGUCCAUCACUGAGGAGAUCCUGGAGUUCAUCAACCAGAGCAGAGCCAGAGAAGGUUUCACUGCCAUCCACAGCGAUGCCACGGAUCAGCCCAAAGAGAGCCAGUCUCCAUCUACCCAGACCAACUUCACCUGCCCCCUACCCCCAGUCACCUGCCCCUCCAGCCCAGAACAAACUCCCGCAAUGCAACGGCAGCAGGAACCAGCAGAGGUGGAGGCUGAUUCAACUCCUCAAAGUCAAACGGCUGAAAAUGAGGCAAACAACAUCCAAGAAGUUCCAGAAGCAACAAGUCAAGCUGAAAAGGAAGCUGAGGUGAUGCAAGAAGAAGAAGAAGAAAUAGUGGAAGAAGAUAAACAAGAGACGAAAGCAAGUGUAGAUGAAGACGAACCCCCAACAUCAGAUCUUCAUCCCUCCAUCUCUGCAGAGGUGGAAGCAGAGGACAGUACUCCCAGGGAAGGGGCGAACACCGAUUGCUCCCCAGAUCCAGAUCAUCUUCAUCAGCCCGUCCAGACCCGGCAGCCACCAACAAGGAGCUCCAACCUCACCAAGCGAGACAAGAAGAUCAUCGAAAAGAUCCGGAGCUACUACGAAGCAGCAGCCGAGGCCGAAGAGGAUGACGAGGCAGAGGAGGAAGAAGAGCUCGGGGAAGGAGUGGCGUCCAGAAGGAGGAACAGUUUCUCUCAGAUCCCCUCUGGUUUGGUGAGGGAGUCGGUGUCUCGCUUCGAUGUGGGUGGACCCCAGGAGGAGCCGGAGACUGGGGGGUCCACAUGUGAGGCAACUGACACAUUGGAUGAGGAACCCUGUUCCUCCACCAGUCCCACAUCUCCCACAACACCGAACACAGCAGAUCUAGGAGGGGAUGGACCAGCUGAUAAACCAAUAACCUGCCCAGAUUUUGAUGCAGUCGAGUUUACUGUGAUGCAAGAUGAGGAGACCAAAAACCAAGAGGGUUCGAAUCAAGAGUCAAACCGAGACAGGCCCAUCGUAGAUGAGAUUCAGGAUGAGGAUGAAAACAUCUACAAAAGGUCAUCAGAGGAAGGACUCAAGGAAAGACCGGAAGAGACGACGAGUGUUUCUGGGGAACAGGAAGGUCCAUCUGUUACCAGACAGGCCAAAGAUGAAGCAACUGAAACUAGUGCUGGAACCCAACCACUUAUGAAUGGGUAUGAACCUAAUCUAGCAGAACCAAACACAACCCACAAAGAACCCUCUAAGCAAACUGCAGAACAGUGCCAAAAACCUGACACCAAAACCCAGUCCAUUUGGAUUGAAACCAAAAACAGAGACCUGGCUAAGACCAGUGGGAACCUCAAGGGUCUUCCCAGUCAGAUAAAAGUGGGCCGGUGGUCCCGUCACUCCAGGAUCGUCACUGCUAACCGGGCUUUGUUUGAGAACAUGGGAUCGGAUGUAGCCGGUAUCGGGUUGUUUGAGGCGAACCCUACAGUGGAUCCUGUACUGAUAGAAAACUCAGAGCGAAUUCUAAGCAAAGUUCAAACUUUGGCGCGGAUGUACAGUGCCAAAGCCAGCACUAUGAAGGUCCCGCUGCAUCAUAAGCGGGCCAGUACUGUAUUCAACCAAUCGUGGGUCUCGACCAGACUGUCCGGACUCUCGGCUCAGAGUCAAACUAAGCACCACCAGCUCCAAACACAAAUCGGUCAAUCAGAGAAUAAAUGUGGAACCCAAACUCAUUCUGAGACCAAAGUUCAGAACCAAACUGUAACGCAGCUGUCGAGGAUCCAAACUAAAACCCAGAACCAAACCGGAACUUACAGCCAAACUCAAACUACAGGUCGGGAGGGCCAAAAGAUCCACGAAGAGAAGACGAUAAAGAGAGCCGAGAGCCUGCCAUGUGAUAUCCAGGAGUUGGUGAUGGCGCCCUGUGAGCCUCUGCUGUUUGGUCACGUGGUCGUCAAAGAACAACUGAUGCCAGCCUGUCACCAGCAGACCAAUGGAUUCACCCUGUCCAGGCCCAGAGACUUCAUCUCCGCUUUGACCAGAGACUCCAUCGUGGAAAUGUUCCACACCUCCACGACACUCUGGGAGAAUCCAUCCACUGAAACAUUCUCAACUUCCGCAGCAUCCAUUCAUUCCAUCAGAAUAGAACCUGAAGAUCAGAGCACCAGUUUGUGCUCUUCAGCCAGUGGCGACCUCCUGACGUCAAAUCAAAACGUGUUUUCAUUUACCGAAGAGAAACCGAAAACUGAGCGGUUGGAGCAGAAUCCUGUACUUCCUGUUUACUCAUCCGGAGAAGAUCCAACAUCUGCCGACGUCGCUAAAGAGCCAAAGAAUCCUCAGCGGAAACAAGAUGAGCAACAAGCAGCAGCUGCACAACAAGAGCAGAAGAUUCCCAAAGAUGUGAGAGUCUGUGCCGGAGAGAUCCAGAUCCAGGCGGAGGACUGGACCUCCAUGACGCCUCGCCCAGCGCCGGGCCGAGUGCAGCCCCAGAACGAGGCUCCUCUCUGGGCAGAGGGAGCCGCCUCGGCCCCCGGAAGGCCGAAGACAGACGAGCCUCCGAGCCACACGUCAGAUGAUCUGAACGAGUCUUCGAGGUUCAACAAGCUGCAGACGGAUGAUGAGCUUCUUCCUCCAGCAUCCCAGGAGGUCGCAGAAACCAGCACAACCAGAGAGGUUCAGAUCCCAGAAUCACAUCCUGCCCCGACUCGACCUCCAUCGGUACCGUCAGUAGAUCUUCUCCCAACGUUCACCAGCCAGAGACCCACAGAUCUGCCGACGGCUCUGAGCCAACGGGCUUCAUGUGAAUCCUGGAGCAUCGACUGUGACCUCAGGAAACCAGAAGAUCCGAUCCUGGUGGAGAGACCUAGACCAGCCACCGCCACCCCAGAUCGGGACCUCGCCGUUGCCCCCUCAGCCUUCAAGCCGAGCCUCCGACAACGUUCCCCGUCUCCUGUCAGAGCCGCCUCCUCCCCUCAUCCACCUUCCUCUUCUGUCCGAGCACCUCCCUGCUCCUCACCCUUCAGGGUUAUCCCAGCAUCCUCUCCCACCCCUGUAUCUCAAGGAGGCUACUCCAUCUCCAAGGCUCUGUCCUGUUUGUCUCCAACUCCUUCUGGCAGGGUUUCUUCCAUAAGAGCUCCACCUGCCUCGUCUCCAACAAGAUCAUCAAUAACCGGGCCUCCAUCCUCCCCGACAUCAUCCUCCCUCCGCUCUCCUCCAUGCUCCUCCCCUGUCGCCUCUUCCUCGGCGUUUACCAGAUCCUUAGCCGCUUCCUGCAUCAGCCAGUCCAUCAGUCAGAGCAUGGCAAAGAACAACACCACAGCACGCCAACAAGCCACGCCCACAAAUCAUCUACGACAGCGCUCCCCUUCACCAAACCUCACUCCCAGUCAACAGGGCUCCACCACACCUGCUUAUGCCCAGUUAGGGUGCACUAAAGAUGGGUACCAACAUCCAAGGUGUCUUUCCCAGCGUUCUCCUUCCCCAUCUAUGGUCAAUCACCAGCCUCCUUACUCUUCUUCCUCCACACCUCGUGCAUCAUUCCUUCACUCCAAAAUUGAUCAUAAUACAAACAACAACAACAACGUAGCAGGUUCAACCACAGUGAUCAAUGGUGCUGUCAGUAAUGGCGGUUGGCCAGUAAGUCCACAGAAGACGUCACAAACCCAUGAUCCUCUCUGGUUGGGGUCGCACAACCGCGUAGCUCGGCCUUUUUCUGCAUCAGAACCCAGCUCCCGAGUCCAAUCCCCGUCACCCUCCCCGACCCCGGCCUCCUUUAUUCGCAUCUGCUCUCCACCCCCACAGCAUAAUUAUUCCUCACCCAUGGCGAACAAACCUCCCCACCCGAGGAGCUCGAGAGUAGGCAGCUCCUAUAACCCACUCGGCCUCACUUUAGAGCUACCCAGGCCCUCCUCAUCCUGUCUGAGCCCUCGGAUCCUCUCUCCACCUCCUAUUGGUGUGUCAGUGAAUGUCUGGGCCAAUAACGUUGCAGCACCUCAGCCUAGAAACCCUCGAUAUGCUUCCUGCUCCCCCUCUCCUUCCUAUUCCUCCAUGCUAGGCUCACCUACACUGGACACUGCCUCUUCUUCUUUUGUUCCUCGGAGUAGUUCCAGAGCUUCUUCCCCUUCUGGAUCCUGUCCUCCUUCCUCCCAAAGCCUCCGGAGGUCGUUCUCCUCUGGAUUGGCAGACAGUCCUUCAAGCCCAGCCUGGGCCAAUGCGAGUGGACUACGUCGGUCUUGGGCGGAGGGCAGCCGAAGGUCCUUUGGUUUCAGUGGCCGAAGUUCCUUUGACCAGCAGGAAUCCUGUCCGAUAAGUCCAAGGAGUGGGUGGUCCUCCUACAGCAGCUCACCGUCCUGUCUCAGCCCUCGAGCUGGCCUUCAAUCCCCAAUCUCGCCUAGCAGGUUCACCACAGGUAAAGGCAACCUCGGUGGGCAGCAUUUCACCAGCGUGCCCUGGCCAGAUGUGCGUGAGCUUUCCAACAAAUAUAAAGGAACUGAUAGCCCUGAUACAAGUGCUACUUCCACCGUUGUUGCCUCUGCUCCUGUUCCAAUCUUCCCUCUAUCCCACACCAUCCUCACCUCGCCUGGUCCAUCAGAAUGGGGAGAUGCAGAGCUGGAGGAGGGUCACUGUCGCAGUCAGCUGAUCUGCGCCUAUGUUGCUCGACCCUCUCGUGAACAAAAUGCCCCAUCCUCAGGAAUUACCUCCCCUCUGCCCACCACCUACCAGCACCACCAAUCCCAAGUCAAACCACAGCCUCAGGUCGAAAUCAUCGCCACAGCACCUCCCCCAUCCUCAGUCCCAUCCACGUUUACCUUAACACCAUCAACAUUACCCUUCUCCCAUUCAUCUCCUACCAAACAGGGGAACCAGAAGGCCAGUUACGCCACAACGGUGAAUCUCCAGAUUGCUGGAAGUGGUCGAAUAACCUCCUUCAGCACCGCCCAAGUUAGCCUGACCCAAACCCUGCAGGGAGGAGCCGGAGCUGGAGGACCAGGACAGGGGCAGGUGGCAAGGAGAGUGAGCAUCAACGGACUUUCACGUCUUCCUCUUCCUCAGAACUGUAACAGGCUAUGAAAGAGUAAGAGGAAUCCUUCAUUCAUGGCCAUACAAAACAAGAAGGGACAAAAGGGAAGGUGGGCACCUUAAUAAUGAGACACAAAGAAAGCACCAGAAGUGGGUCCUGGUUAGCAGUCCAGACCUUUAGGACUUACUCCCUCACUGGAUGAGAACAAUGACCUUCUCCAUCAUGUUGAAAACAAGUCCUAAGUGCUUCAAGAGAAGGCCCCAUGAUUUGUUUUUAGUUCUGAAAGAUGUUUUCUCUUUAAAAACCUUCCUCCAUUCCAACAGUCUAGUGGGGGGUUCCAGGGAUUUAUUCUCAUCCCCAACUUGCUCAAAGACUUGCAGGAAUCAAGACCCCUUUACCACCCAAGACGACUCACAGCUCAUUGAUAACCCAAAACUCACACAAAUCAAGCCUCAGUAUUGACCUGAGACUUACAUGAAUCAAGACUUGUUAAUGGCCCAGAAUUCACAUGACUCAAGACAUGAAGACUCGUGGAUCUGCCUGGGGAGGGAUGACUGUUCGGGCAGUUUCACCUCCAUUCAUGGCUUGUUUCAUGAGAAUCUCGGGACGCUCAUGAGUCUAAAUUUAUGAGCCUUUGGUCAUUGUCAAGCCAAGCCUAGAUUUCUGUGAAUCUUGCGUUGCUAAUGGGACUUGAUUUAUGCAAGUUUUGGGUGGUAGACUGGCCUGGCUUCAUGUGAAACUGACGAGCCAAAAUUCAUAUGAUUCUUGGGUCAUUUGUAAGCCCUGAUUCAUGGAAAUGUAGAUUUGUUGAUGGGACUUGGUUCAUGUAGGCUUUGUUUUCAAGUCAUGGACCAGUUUUGAUCCAUGUCAGCCUUGGCUAAUUAUGGAACCUCAUUCAUGUGAGCCUUGGGUAGCUGGUAAGUCUUAAUGCAUAUGAAUCUGUUAUCCAGACUUCAUUCAUGUGAUUACAGGGUCACUGAUAAGCCGAGAUUCAUGUGAGUGUUGGGUAGUUGGAAGGACCUGAUUUUGACAAACCUCUUGAUCCAUGCGGGCCUUAGUCCAUGGACAAGCUUUGACCAGUGUGGGUCUUUAACAGGCCUUGUGAGUAUCGGGCUGUUACCCAGACUUUUCUUUUUCAGAUGAUUCUUGGUUCUUUAAAGAGCCCCAGCUCAUGUGAAUUGGGGGUGAGAAUAGACGCCUGUACCUCCCCACCAGUCAGUUAGAACUGAAGAAGACUUUUGGACGAAGGUGUGACAUCCUCAAGAACCAAAAAGACAACUCUAGCUGUCUUCUAUUGAAACUUUAAGGAUUAUUGUGAGAAUCUAUACUGACAUGUGGCCAAAAAAGGAAAUACAAGGUUACAUCUGAGACAUGGAAAGAGUUUCAUCAACCCAGUUUGGUUUUAAGACACUUGUUUCGUAAGAAUUCCACCUGCAAGUGGUGCCGUUUUUAAAUGGAUGCCAAAGGGUUUCUUCCAAAACAGAAAUGUGUAAAUGAAUCACUUAGCUGUGAUGUUGCUCUUAGAGAACUUAAAUCUUGAAUGUCCACAGCUGGAUUAAUGAUAAUCUAAAGGUUGAACUUUUCUCAUUUGAGACGUUUUGAUAAUAGACUUUUAGCAUUUAAAUAGCUGGAGUUCCAGUGUCCACCUGGUGCUGUCUGCAGUCACAGUUACUUAAUGUAUUAUUAUUGUUUCUCUUUGUAUUUUCUGUCAUGUGGCUGCCCGAGGCCAGUGUUUAACUGUUGUUAUUAAUAAUCUAUCUUUAACCAUUUUUUAUUCUCCCUCCUAUUUUAUUAUUUAUGAAGUUAGUCUGUGUUUUUGCACAGCAUCUUUGGCUCUUGCAUCGAAUGUGUGUGAAUGUGUGUGUUUGAAAUGACGUGUCUGCUGAGUUACUGUUUAACUUCGGACCAAACCGACAUCUGUGUGUGUUUUAUUUGCUGGUUUUGUUGCCGAACCGACGCUAGUUUAUUGACUCAAGAGUCUGUGCCGGCGCCAGUGACCUCCAGAGACCUCGCUGAGUUACGAAGACGGACCAGUUUGCACAAAAUUUUUACCCAAAUUUAGUUUGGAAAUGGUGUAAAUUAGUGAAAACUAACAACACAAAAUCAUAUUUAACUCUUUUAAAAAACGACCAAUGAGGUGUGAGGUUUCUGGAAACUGUUUUUUUUUUUUUUUUUUUUUUAAGGGAAAUAUUAAUUACGUUUUU